CUCACGUGAUCGCGAUCGAGCCGGGAGACUGAAACCUUGACCUCAGCAGCGGGCCUUCUCGACGCCUCCUUUUCCGACUCUAAGGGCUCCGGCCCUUCGGUCACCGGCGGGUCGCUACACCCUCUCUAGGUUACUUCCGGAGCACUGUCAGCAUGCGGCUUCUCCCUGUGGCUUCAGGUGGGCCCGGGCGGGGCUGUCUCCGCGGUCUGCCCGUCUGUAGCCCAGCGCCGCUGCUGCUCCUGCUGUUGAGCUGCUGCCUGGGAGCUCCGGGGCUGGCGGCCAGCUCUCGGAGGCCCAAUGUAGUGCUGUUCCUUACCGAUGACCAGGACGAAGUGCUCGGCGGCAUGACACCACUGAAGAAAACCAAGAAUCUUAUUGGAGAGAUGGGGAUGACUUUCUCCAGUGCUUAUGUGCCAAGUGCUCUUUGCUGCCCCAGCAGAGCCAGUAUCCUGACAGGGAAGUACCCACAUAAUCAUCACGUUGUCAACAAUACUUUGGAAGGAAACUGCAGUAGCACGUCUUGGCAGAAGACCCAGGAGCCAAAUACUUUCCCAGCAAUACUGAGGUCCAUGUGUGGUUACCAAACCUUUUUUGCAGGGAAAUAUUUAAAUGAGUAUGGAUCCCUGGGUGCAGGUGGUCUGGAACAUGUUCCUCUAGGCUGGAGUUACUGGUAUGCUUUGGAAAAGAAUUCUAAAUACUAUAAUUACACUCUCUCCAUCAAUGGGAAAGCACGUAAGCAUGGAGAAAACUACAGUGUGGACUACUUGACAGAUGUCCUGGCUAAUGUCUCCUUGGACUUCCUGGACUACAAGUCUAACUUUGAGCCAUUCUUCAUGAUGAUCUCCACACCAGCCCCUCAUUCACCUUGGACAGCUGCACCUCAGUACCAGAAGACUUUCCAGAAUGUCUUUGCACCGAGAAACAAGAAUUUCAACAUCCAUGGAAUGAACAAGCACUGGUUAAUUAGGCAAGCCAAGACACCAAUGACUAAUUCCUCAAUACAGUAUUUAGAUAAUGCAUUUAGAAAAAGGUGGCAAACUCUGCUCUCAGUUGAUGAUCUUGUGGAGAAGCUGAUCAAGAGACUGGAAUUUACUGGGGAGCUCAACAACACAUACAUCUUUUUUACUUCAGACAAUGGCUAUCACACAGGACAGUUUUCUUUGCCAAUAGACAAAAGACAGCUGUAUGAGUUUGAUAUCAAAGUUCCGCUGUUGGUCCGAGGACCUGGAAUUAAACCAAAUCAGACAAGCAAGAUGCUUGUUGCCAACAUUGACUUGGGUCCUACUAUCUUGGACAUCGCUGGCUAUAAUCUGAAUAAGACACAGAUGGAUGGAAUGUCCUUACUGCCCAUAUUGAGCGGUAGCAGUAAUUUGACUUGGAGAUCAGAUAUCCUGGUGGAAUACCAAGGAGAAGGCCUCAAUGUCACUGACCCAACCUGUCCAUCCCUGAGUCCUGGAGUAUCUCAUUGUUUCCCAGACUGUAUCUGUGAAGAUGCUUAUAACAACACCUACGCUUGUGUGAGGACGAUUUCAGCGCUGUGGAAUUUACAGUACUGUGAGUUUGAUGACCAGGAGAUGUUUGUAGAAGUCUAUAAUCUGACUGCAGACCCAGACCAAAUUACUAACAUUGCUAAAAGUAUAGACCCAGAGCUUUUGGGAAAGAUGAACUAUCGGUUAAUGAUGUUACAAUCCUGUUCGGGACCAACCUGUCGUACUCCAGGAGUUUUUGACCCUGGAUACAGAUUUGACCCUCGUCUUAUGUUCAGCAAUCAUGGCAGCAUCAGAACACGAAGGUUCUCAAAGCAUCCUCUGUAGAGACAGCGUGCAGCCUCCACCUUUGGAUUCCUGCAUACCUCUUUCUGAUGAAGUGAGCAUAGUAGGUAUCUGUAGGUCAUCUUUGAGAACACACCUGGAAGAGUUUUGCACUGGCUCUGUUUUAAGUCCUAUUUGAAAAGCACCCCAAUCAGCUGACUUCCUUGUGCAACUUGUUAAACUGUGAACUCUGCCCACAAAUCAGGAGUGGCUUUCCUCGGUCCUUCCCUCAGGUGGUACUAAACACUCCUGAGGUCUUUGUUCCUGCCAUGUCCUCUCUGUUCUGGGGCCAUAAUUCUUGGUUAUCCUGUGUGGUCAAAGUCUGAAUUUGUAAAUCCAUUCAGGUAAAUGGCAAUACUUUUAAGAUUAAAAAAAAACAAAACAACUUGUUUUAUAACCUGACCUAAAAGCAGAGGACUUCUGUAACAUUUUAGACUGAGCACCUCACUGUCAAAAAUACUCAUAUCACAUGGCUUAAUUAACCAGCAGAGCUGAAUCAUCUGAUUCAGUACACGUUCCAUUUUUCUAAAGUAGAGAUGGAUUGUAAGAUCUAUCACAGUGUGAUAAAUUAAGGUGGCAAAUUCAAAACAUGUCAACCAAACUCUGCAUUUCUUUGGGAUUCUAUGCUAGUGCUGCACUAAGAACAGUGAGCUCUGGUUAAGGCUAAUUCCAGGUAGCUCUUGACAGUAACAGCUGUCUGCUUUCCAGUGGCUGCUAAUCCCAUGGCGGGUCAGUCAGCACUAGAUAUUAAAGAACUCUCUUAUCUUGAGACUUCCUCCGCACAGGCUGAGGGUACAGAAUUGGGGAGAAGGAAUGGCCAGCGGCUAGGGAAGGCUGUUUGCUGGGAGCCUAGAUGGGGGUCUUGGGUUGACAGGUUAUAGGGUUGGGCUUGUAUGAAGUGCCUGUCUUGCAGUGUCGGUGCCACGUGAAGCUAUUUUGACUCUGCAUUUUGCUGUCAUUCUCAUUUAAGACCUACAAAUUUUUUCUAGUUGAUGCAAAGUGUCACCUACUUUAUCCCACCUUUUCAGACAGGUUCUUCCUAGUUUUUGGAGUCUUUUUUUAUAAGUAGGGCUCUGUCCAGUAGUCCUCUAUCAAGGGCGAUCCAUUUGGUUUUUCUGUUGAGCUUGCCUACAUUCUUACAUUUCUUGGCUUGAAGACCAGUUCCAUUUCCAACAUUUUCUUCACAAAAAUGCUAAUUGGUGGUACAGACAGCAGGGGAGAAUGUUGUGAUUUAUAACCUGUUCAGCUCAGGCAAAAAAGUGAUGCUAGCUUUAUUUAAAGCCUCCUGUCAAGCUUUAAACACUUUGUAAGACAUGGCCACAAUUAUCUUUUCUAUCACAAUUCAAAAAAAAGAAUUAAAGAUAGCCAUGUUGGUUUAAUAGCCAUUUGGUUUAUUACUUUACCUCAUAUCUUCCCAGCAACUGUGAUUAGUAUCUAGAGUUUAAAAGGCAAGUGAAAUGAACACCUCUGCUGUGAAUAUUUGAGAUGAUCAAAAAAAAAAAAUGUAA